AUGGCAGAUUUGAAUUCAAAAAUUACUCUCAGACUUCUGAUCGAUGCUGGUAGCGACAAAGUACUUUUCGGUGAGGCUGGAAAAGACUUCGUAGAUUUCAUGUUCAGCCUUCUUACUGUCCCACUAGGCUCUGUCAUUAAGCUCCUCUCUGCUCCAUCUAUGAUUGGAUCUAUUGGAAAACAUUAUCAAAGCGACAAAACUUCUUUACUUCAACCCAAAGUGUCCACUUCUUAUGUUACCAAUCAUUUGCUUCUUGACACAAAAACCACUGUAGUGAUCAAAUACUAUAUUUGCAAUUAUUGCAAUAGAAAAAUCACUACUGUGAAAAAUACCUUGUGCCCAAACUGCAAGCAGGUGAUGGUCAACGAAGCCUCCUUCGUGUUUCCAUCGGGAUCUACUGAGCACAAAUGCUAUCUUUGUGCUAAUUGCAAAAGCAAAGUAACUACUGUGAGAAAUACCAUGUGCCCAAAAUGCAAUUGUGCGAUGGUCACAGAAGUCGCCUUGGUGGUUCCAUCGGGUUCUGCUUCUUUGGUUGGCGCUGGAAAUGCAAGGGAGGGUGUUGGAGGCCUUGUAAAGGGUUUGUUCACCUACAUGAUUGCAGAUGAUUUGGAAGUGACAUUAAUGUCUGCGAUCUCCAGCAUCACUUUUAUUAAUCACUUCAUCAUGAAAAAGGAUGUCCAACUGGAGGAGAAGGUGGUCGCCGUCGGCAUGGAAGAGGGACUUGCUUUGCUUAAGGCUUCAUUAGACUCACCAACUGCUUUGACUGAUGUUUUCUGCUCCCCUAAGAAGAAGGAAAAGCCUCCAUCUUCCUCUAUUGUGGAUGGUGAUGACGACUAA